GAAGCAACUAUGCUCGGCUGGUGGCUGUGAGCGCUGUGAGCUGGAUAAUGUGUGGUACGAACGGCACGAACAUGGCUUAAUUUGCUUUCAGAUAGGGGAAGACACGCAAGCGAGUCAGAGCUGUCUGUGACUAUAGUUGCGUUCAUGAAUAACCUUACUUCAGUCGUCUACUUGUUGCGGUGUCAGUAACCGCAGUGCACAACGAGGUAACUGACUGUUAUUUUCUCUUACAGUUCAGUUGUUCAGCUGGAGUAUACUGCAGUAGCCAUGUUUCUACGGAUGUACUCAUUUCUCGUGCUCAUCUAUGACGUGCUGUCUCUCAUCUUCCUGGUCAUAGAGGCUGAAUUAGAAGCAUUUUACCGUAUCUUCAUCCCACCUCGCCUGAAGUCUGUAGCAGGAGAGAUUAUCCUGAUUACUGGGGCAGGUCAUGGCCUUGGACGAGAAUUAGCCAUACAGUUCUCAAUGUUAGGAGCCACUGUAAUAUGCUGGGACAUACGGAGUGACAGUAAUGAAGAAACUGCAAUGGCAGCAGAUUCACUAGGAUUUGGUGUUGGCAAGGCUUAUGCAUACACAUGUGACAUAACCAACAGAUAUCAGGUGAUUAAAGUAGCUGAGAGAGUGAAGAAAGAAGUGGGGAUUGUGACUGUGAUGAUAAACUGCUGCAAUCUCCCAAGUCCGCGCAUUCUUACUGAGCAUCCUGCGCCUGGGGUUCGAAAGACCUUGGAUAUUGGAGUCAUGUCACAAUUCUGGAUAUUGGGGGCCUUCUUGCCCAGCAUGCAGGAGAAAAAGCACGGACACAUAAUCAUGCUGACUUCUGUUGCGGGCCUUACUGGGAUCAAGGAUCUAGUACCUCUCUCAGCAGCUCAAUUUGCAAUCCAAGGUUUGGCCGAAUCCCUGACUGAAGAGCUGAGAAAUUACAAACCCAUCGGAGAUGUGAAAGUGACUUUGGUUCAUAUUUAUCCAUUCAUUGUGGACCAAGAAAUGUCUACAAAUAUACAACUAAGGAUCCCAAGUUACUUUGGAACAAUUGAGCCAGUGGCAGCAGCCAAGAAGAUAAUUGAUGCAAUGAGACGAGACUAUACGGAAGCCAGCAUUCCUGGCUAUCUGCUAUAUGCUGACAAAGUAGUAAGCCUCCUACCCCGAAAAGCAAUCCUAGCUGUGCGUGAACUUCUAGAUACUGGUGUUGACUUUGGCUGAUGGGCAGCCAUCAUGCACUGUGAUUUCCUACAGGCAGAUGCCUGCACGAAUGAAAGUAAACCUGAGUAAUGAUGUUAGUUAUAUUACUGACAAGUUUUAGAUGAAGGUGUACAAACAAAUGUGGUAUGUGGUGAAACUUCAUGAAUUCAGACUUAUAAUCAGGCAUUUCGCAGUACUAUGCAUCCUGUAAACUUCUGAAUAUAUUCAUUGAGCAUACAGUGGUAUAAGUUUUGUAAGAAUUUUUGGGAAGUCCCACACAGAAAUUUAUUUAUUAAAGAAAACAUGUUUACUGCA